AUGGAUGCUUAUCUUUUAAAUAAUAAAGGUCAAGUUAUAGAUACGACAACAAAUCAAACUAGAAUGAAACAUAAUCCUAACGCUCGUGGUGAUAUUUAUAAAAUUGGACAGAUCCUUAAUGCUACUGGUGCAGAUUUAGAUU